GUGAAUGAGCGCAUCUGUAUGGCGGCUGUUUGUGGGACACGCGUCAGAGCAGGCUACAUUUUGGAAUAAAACAAUCAGGCUCGCAAUUGCUAUGCUAGAAUAAUCAACAAACCGUUUUUUGCACGGAUUGAAAAUAAGGUUUGUGAACAAGUUUGCCAUGCGUGAAACCAAAACUCCACUGUAGCCUGAAGAGACCAUUCUCCCAAGCAGAUUGAGACAGCAGAGUGACAACAGACCCCCAACACUACUAGACCCACACACACACCCUUCCAGAGGCAGGAUGGAGCAGGAUGGUCAGCCGGGGUCGGAGAGCCCCAACCUGGCCUCCCUCCGGUCGGAGGCAUCAGUGAGCCAGGUGGAGGACGUGGAGCCCAGCUCCAUCAGCUCCUCCGUCAACAAGAGGAGGAAGAAGAGGAGGAAAGAGCCGCGUCCCGAGUCCAUCAUCGUGUACCGCUCGGACGCGGAGAGAGUGCCGGAGCCGGACGAGGAGCAGGGUGGAGAGGAGGAGAGGGACAGGGCCUCAGAGGAAGGGGCCAAGUUUCUGACAACGCCCACAGGUGAAGAGUGGAGCCUGCCCCCGGACAGUCGCUACGUGACCCUGACGGGCACCAUCACCCGCGGCAAGAAGAAAGGCCAGAUGGUGGACAUCCACGUGACGCUGUCGGAGAAGAAGCUCCGCGACCUCGCCAAGUCCAAGGAGCGCCUGGACGCCGAGUGCGAGCGGGACGGGCGCUCGCGCCGCUCCUGCAGCCUGGGCGUGUGCCAGGGCCCGCACGUGGUCCUGUGGAGCCUGUCGUGUGCGCCCGUGGUCUUCCUCCUCUCCUUCAUCACCUCCUUCUACUACGGCACGCUCACCUGGUACAACGUGUUCCUGGUGUACAACGAGGAGAGGACGUUCUGGCACAAGAUCACCGUCUGCCCCUUCCUCAUCAUCUUCUACCCCAUGCUCAUCAUGGCCGUGGCGGUGUCGCUGGCCGUCUACUCGGCCGUGGUGCAGGUGUCCUGGGCGUUCGGCGAGUGGUGGCAGGCCGUGCGGGACCUGGAGAAGGGCUUCUGCGGCUGGGUCUGUGGGAAGAUGGGCCUGGAGGACUGUUCGCCCUACAGCAUUGUGGAGCUUCUCGACUCGGACACGUUCGCCGGCAGCCUCCAAGGCAAAGCUCCCGGGGAGAACGUGCAAACGUCCUCCGUCUAAGCUGCAGGAGUUUUAAAGGUGCAGUUCAUGAUUCUAAAGCGAAAUGUUUUUUUUUUUUUUUUUUUUUUUUUUUUGUCAGUCACGUCCUCAUGGUCCUCUAGAUGUCUGGUCUGCAUGCGCACUCAAACAAGCUCAGGACCAAACCAGAGUGGGUAGUUAUGUCUUUGACUUUUCAGCUCGACAUGCGUUCACCAGAAUCAUGGACUGUACCUUUAAGGUUUCAGAAACGGAACCAACUUUGCUUUUGCACCAUAAACGCCGGACACCAACUUGGGCAAUCAAUCAAUGCAUUCUGAUUUACCUAGUACUCUCCAAGACCAUAUAUCUGGGUGUUAAUAAAAAAAUGUGAAGCCCAUACUAACACCUUCUAAGGUCGAGGAUGUUGAAUGGACGUGAGGAUGUAUACUAUACAGGAUUAAGACAAAGCCAUUUUUACUGCCACUGUGCAAGACAAUUCCUAAAAAAAAAUGUUGUUUGCUUUUUUCUAUGAUGUGAAAUAGUAACAUAGGUUAACACUGCAUGGUCAAGUAUGCUCUAUAAUGACCAAUUUAAAGAAAAGUUAUUGGAUGUCCUCCGUUUGGAAGUUGGGGGUGUGAACUAGGGGUUUUCUGUUAUGAUACGAUACAUGAUCCGUAUGAGUUUGAGCAACUGUUGUGAUGUGUAAUCUUAUGAUGUGAGGACUAAUGCAAACCUGUAAGACAGUGGCUUUAUUUUUCUAAAUCAUUGCAUUUCUUUUGUGUUCCACUAUGCUGAAAUGACACCAUAGACUACAGCAUGCGUGUGUUAAGCUACUUUCCAAAUGCAGUAAUGAAUUUGGGAUCUCUACAAAAACAGCUCAUGACAGGGCAUCACAAGUGCAUAAUAUUAUACUUUAGUGGUGUCCAUCAUGUUUAAAUACCAUCAGUCAAUCAUGUUUAAAUGUUAAUGAUAAUGGGAUGUUUAGAUUCCUGUUGGAAGUCUGCAGGACAGGUUCUUUGUUAUUUUGUUUAAUGUUACAUUUUAUUUCAUUCUAUUUAUAUUAAUGUGGUGGACCUGAAGUGACUUCACAUGGCUAACAACACUCUAAAUAUGUGUGUUUUGCUUUAACACUUUGUGAGCCAACAUGGUUAUUUAUUUUAAUUCUAUGAUGUGUGCAGUAUUGGCACAAAUUCUACAGUGCACUGUCUAAACAUCUUAUUUGUGUAGAGAUUAAACAGGAUACCAUAAUUAUCAAUAGAGAGAGGUUUCUUCUAUUGACAAGUAUUGGAGGGCAGUAAACCUAACUUAGCCACAGACAGUGGAAAUGGUCACCCAGGCUGAUUUACUUAAAAAAGGAUAUAAAAGCUAUUUCAUGCAAUCCGAACAAGACAUUUUCCAAAGAUGUGCAAUACAAUUGCUGGUAAAUGUAUUUAUUUAAUGUUUAUUUAACUUGGUUGAGAUCAGACAUUGAUAUUGAGAUCUUCAGAUCAUAAGCCUGAGAGUGGCACGUUUGUAUGUAUAAGACACAAAUAUUAUUGAGUGUAAGUAUACGGUUUCAUUUUUACUUGUAUAUUUAAAACUUUUAUAUUUUAUAUUUAUUUUAUUUAUUUUUACAAAUGAUAAUUAUUUGUCAAAGUAAGUUAAACAAGAAUAUGAUUACCAUUUACAAGAGACGUUUUGGACAGUAACAGCUGGGCAUAUGAAGCCCUUGUAAUCUUGACCUUUUCAGAAUCUUGACCUCUUGGUGUUUCAAUUUUGUGUGUAUUGAGAUGCUUUUACAGUUUUAUAAGUAAAUAUUUGUAAUAUGAAAUUCUGAGCAUGAGAAACAUUGUAUCAGAAAACUGUGUCACAAAACUGAAAAGUUUUAUCAUUUGUAAUUUUCUGUCCAGGUGCUGUCUUGAGCAAUGGUCCCAAACAUGAAAUUGUGAAAUUGUUCAUAAGGUACAAUAUGUUUUCAAGUUCUUUCUUUUUGUAUUUUUACUCACUGAUGUACACACAGGGUACUCAAUGUGUGACAAUAAAAUCCUGUUCA